CUGGUGCAAAGGCACUUAUUAUUGCUAGUGAUGAUAAUUAUUUAUUCAAACCAGAUCUUCCAACUGAACGCGAUCCAAUUUUCUUUUCAAUACCUUGUCUCCUAAUAACUAAUGAAUCUGGGAUAGAACUAGAAAAGCUUUUAUCUGCAUCACCUGAAGUUCGAAUAAAACUUAUACCUAAUCAACAAGAGCAAAAAUCUGAUUUCGCGAAGAACGAACUUUUACUAACAAUUCAUGGUCAUGUAAUACGUAAUAUUCGGCUUAACCUGAGUGGACAAUAA